UUUGAGGAUUAAACUCCAUACUUCAGCAAAGUGUUCAACAGUAUCACUGUCUACUAUUUCGAAGUAACUAUGAUUGAUGAAAACGCAGAGAUUAGGAAGCUAAAAUUAGCUGACACCAAACAUCUACAAGCCAGUGUUUAACUCGAGACACGUCUUACCACUGUUACCCAUUGAAUACAAAGAGAGGUAUGUUUAAUUUUUGCUGAGAAAUGGGAUUUUAUAAAACAGAUAUUUCGAUUACCACAUCUGAACCUUCUAAAUUGAAUGCAUCUCAUAUUGAUGAAGAGGCAGAAUUGAAUUACAAAAAUAUAUAUUGGUCUCUAUUUGACGGAACCCUUCAGAGAAGCUGGAAAGAAACAGAACAUGGUUCUUCAUACUAUCAUGAUUUUUUAAAAGAAUUUUCCGUGUCGUUCUAUUUAUUCAGCGCAAGGGCUAUUGGUUCGACAUCGGAAGAAUUUGAGAAAUCAACCACUGUGUUGGCAUUGAUAAUCUUAAUACUGGGUUUCGUGGGAAAUGUUGUGACCAUCUGCACAGUUUUUUGCUAUAAAAAAUUUCAUACUCCAACAUUUGUUGCCAUCGGAUGCCUUGCAUUUUUCGAUAUGCUUAAUAUCAUCUCGGCGAUGUUAGAUAAAUUUUCGACUUUGUUUACUUAUCUUGAAAUUCAACAUCUUGUUUUCAAUAGAGCUUUUGGGAGUAUGAUGACUUAUUUUCUACGUGAAGUAGUUCUAAGCUGUUCAAGUUCACAAAUUGUUUUCCUCUAUAUGAUCAGAUAUUUAUUAACCGUUCAUCCCUUACAGAGCAAGAUACGACUUACCCCGUCAAUUGUUCUGGCAUGCUCUGUGAUGAUUUGUAUUUUUCUUUCACUGUUUUCAGCUUUCAGAUUAAUAAUUAUAACAACGAUUAUUAAAGAUUCACUUCAUCUGUAUAAAAUCAUUCGUCUUAUCUCCGGUAUCAUUUAUACUCUUUUGGGGUUGCUUUCUGUCUGUACAAUCAUUAUUAUACACAUCAAAAAAGAGAAAGCAAUAAAAAACUCUUUUGUUAGAAACAACAUUCAUAGAAAAAUGAAUGUCACUAUUUCCAUUAUAUUGUCAGUUUAUAUUUGCUUUCAAAUAUCAGUUUUAAUAAAUAGCUCUGCUUUUUUUGCUUAUAAGCUAAAUAAUAUUUCAGAGACCUUUUUACUAUACACAUACUAUGUAGCAUUACUCUUCGCAUUUUUGAAUUUCUCUAGUAAUCCUUAUAUACUCUUUUUUGCUUCACAGAUCGUUUCAUAACAAAACAUAAUCACCAAUCAUAAAAGAAGUGAACUGUUGAAGGACUUACUUUAUUUGGAUUGCUACACUUUGCAUUUGAAAUUUAUCAUGUACUGAUCUGUAUUACAAUUUAGCAAGGAAUUCAAAAGUCUAAUUUAUACCCUUGUUAUAGACACUUUACAUGUAUGCAUACCAUUUAAAGUACUUCUAAAAAUAUCAUUAUGGCCCUUUUUAUUGCUUAACUGCAAAUAAGUCAAAUUUAUUUGUGCAUGUCAAGAGUUGGCUC